GGGCCUGUUGUUGAUGGGGCGUGACCUGAGCGUGUGUCAUGUCUGCUGUGUUUCUUUCUUCUGCUGUUGUUCGCUCGUGCCACGUUGAUCUGUCGUGUCGUGUCAGACUGCAGGAUCAUCUGGCCGCAGGAUCGGAUCGGAGCGGAGUGGCAGCUUUCAUGCGCAGCAGCAGCAGCAUCGUCUGGUGUGACGCGUCGGGGCCGGCGGCUCGCUUGCAUUGUGUGUUGAUGACCCCUGCUGUUUAGCUGCCUGCUCACCCCCACCCCUCUUUCUUCUCCAUCCCAGCUCCUGGAUCAGCCAUGUUUGGUACAGAAUCGUCAUUAAGCAUGUUCCUCAACACUCUGACCCCCAAGUUUUACGUGGCAUUGACGGGCACAUCAUCCCUCAUUUCAGGACUCAUACUGAUUUUUGAGUGGUGGUAUUUCAGGAAGUAUGGCACAUCGUUCAUUGAGCAGGUGUCUGUAAGUCACCUGCGUCCUCUGUUAGGUGGAGUAGAUAACAGCUCUCCAAACCCGUCAAGCAGCACUAACGGAGACACAGACUCCAGCCGUCAGAGCGUCUCAGAGUGUAAGGUUUGGAGAAAUCCAAUCAAUCUGUUCAGAGGAGCUGAAUAUAACCGGUACACAUGGGUGACGGGACGAGAGCCACUCACAUACUAUGACAUGAAUCUGUCAGCACAAGAUCAUCAGACGUUCUUCACCUGUGAUUCCGAUCACCUGCGACCUGCAGACGCCAUAAUGCAGAAGGCCUGGAGAGAGAGAAAUCCUCAAGCACGCAUCACAGCGGCUCAUGAAGCUCUGGAUCUGGAGGAUUGUGCAACAGCUUAUAUUCUUCUCGCUGAGGAGGAAGCCACAACAAUAGUGGAGGCAGAGAAACUCUUUAAACAAGCGCUGAAGAUCGGAGAGAGCUGUUACAGACGCACACAACAACUCCAACACCACGGCUCACAUUAUGAGACACAACACAGACGUGACACAAAUGUGUUAGUUUACAUCAAGAGAAGACUCGCCAUGUGCUCCAGAAAACUGGGACGCACACGAGAAGCAGUGAAGAUGAUGCGGGAUUUAAUGAAGGAGUUUCCUCUGCUCAGCAUGUUUAAUAUUCACGAGAACCUGUUGGAGUCUCUUCUAGAGCUGCAGAACUACGCUGAUGUACAGGCUGUGCUUGCCAAAUAUGACGACAUCAGUUUGCCAAAGUCUGCAACCAUCUGCUACACAGCGGCUCUUCUAAAAGCCAGAGCAGUAUCUGACAAGUUUUCACCAGAAGCAGCAUCCAGACGAGGUUUAAGCACAGCAGAAAUGAACGCAGUAGAAGCCAUACACAGAGCGGUGGAGUUCAAUCCACAUGUACCUAAAUACCUCUUAGAGAUGAAGAGUUUGAUACUUCCACCGGAGCACAUACUGAAGCGAGGUGACAGUGAGGCUAUAGCAUAUGCUUUCUUCCACCUGCAGCACUGGAAGAGAGUGGAGGGAGCACUGAACCUCCUCCACUGCACCUGGGAGGGAACUUUCAGAAUGAUUCCAUAUCCUCUGGAGAAAGGUCAUCUGUUUUAUCCAUAUCCAGUGUGCACAGAGACGGCGGACAGAGAACUGCUACCAACAGUGUUCCACGAGGUGUCGGUGUAUCCCAAGAAGGAGUUGCCGUUCUUCAUUCUGUUUACGGCCGGUCUCUGCUCCUUCACAGCGAUGCUGGCGCUCCUCACGCAUCAGUUCCCAGAGCUCAUGGGGGUUUUUGCUAAAGCGUUCCUCAGCACCUUGUUUGCACCUCUGAACUUCAUCAUGGAGAAGGUUGAAAGUCUUCUGCCCUCCAGUCUGUGGCACCAGCUUACACGGAUCUGAUCUGAUGUCAUCUGAUGUCAUGGACAUGAAUCGAGGACAUUCUGACUGAGGUGCCAAGAUCUUCAGAAGUGCCCAUAGCCAGCAAACCAGACAAACACAAUGAACCCGGAAAUGACGGGAAUUCAUGCCCCCAUCUAAUGUACAAUGUUUUUGUUUCCAGAUUUUAAAGGCCUUCAGUGUGUGUGUGUGUGUGUGUGUGUGUGUGUGUAUGUAUAUAUAUAUUUAUAUAUAUGAAUAUAUAUACAUAUAUAUAUAUAUAUAAUAAAACAAUUUCUGUACUGCUGCAAAACACUUGUCAGACACUCAGAUUCUCUUCUGCUUUGUUGAUCUUUGUGCUUGUUUCAAAGGAUUUAAACGCACUAGGGAUGUAAUAAUAUCAAAAUCUCACUGUAUGAUAAUACCUCGGUAUAAACUCCACUGUACAAUAUUUAUUGCAAUAUUUAAAAUGACAAAUGAUGAGUUGGAAACGAGCCGUAAGCAUCCACUUUUCUUGGUCGUCUAACUGUUGCUUAGAGGUAUGAGUUAUGUAUGAGAUGGGUCAAAUGACCUAAAAUACCUUUAUAAAAUAAAAUAAUUGCAUCAGAUGGACCUUGCUAAAGGUGACAUCUAUUAUUUUUUCCAACAUUCUCUCUGUUAGGCCCGGAAGACCUAUCGUUUCAUACAGUCAUGUGACCACCAUAAUAUUGAGACAACGUUGCUAUUGCAAUAACACGAUAUCCAUAAUAUUGUUACAUCCCUAAAAAGAACACGCACUACAAUGUUACCAAUUGUAACUAAACCCUGCAGAAAUCCUGAGAGCACUGAGUAAUGGCUUUAUCCAGAAAGGUCACAAAAGCACUUUGAUUUGCAUCAAGGAGCGAUUGGGGCUAGUAGUCACACAGGGGGUUUUGGUGAAUGUGAUUUCUCUAGCAAUGGUUUGGUGUGAUGGGUUUAAACACCCAGAUGAUAACUCGUAGUAUGGCUGUGGAAUAUUGCACUAUUAUGUUCUUGAAUUAGUUGUUGUACAAACGGUUCACACAGUGCCAUCAUACACUUCUGUAAUGGUGGCUUGGCAAUGUUUGUAAUAUGCUUAUAUAUGUUGACACUGGUGUUUAUAUGUUGUAAUUCAUUGAUUGUAUUUUUGCCGUUUUAUACAACUUAUUAGGUCAUUUAUUUCAUGGUUGUUGCAAAGAUGCAACAGCCAAUAAUACACUUUACAUUUGUUCAAAUGCAAAAGAGUUGUAUAUACUACCUUGUGCAAUGUUCACUUCAAAGCCAAAAGUGUGACAACUAGCCCCCGUCUCCUCCAGUGCUAAAGACCUGAAUGUUGUCAGAUAUUUGAUUCAUCAGAGCUUUUGUGCGUGUCAUUUUUCCCAACACAAAGUCCUUGAGAAACACAGGUCUGUUCCACAUUUCAAACAGACAUCCUGGUCAUUUACAUUCAUGCUACAUUGAUUUGUUAAGCAGACACUUGUUUCCAAAGCAGGGAACAAUACUACGUAAGGGAGAAACAAUAUUUGAAGUAUACAACGACGCGUUUAAAAUGCAAGCAAGAUUAGUACACGGACUGGAAAAUGCAGAACAACGAGAGGUUUUUAUAAAUGAGGUGUAGGAAGUGUGGAUCGGGCCAACGCUUGCAGGUCGUCGCAGAGUUGUUUCUGGAAAAGUGUGCUAAAUGUUGGCGGCUUCUUCCAGAAAUGAAAGGGAAAAGAGAAGGUGAAAGUGUGGGAAGAGACUUGUGCCAUCUGGACACCGCUCGUUCUCCGGCCAUGGGUGACAGAAAGGAAGACAUUUUCAGGACGGUAAGAUGCAGAAGGCAGCAGGAGGGUUGUGAUGAAAGCAUAGAAGAAGUGCGCUCCUGUAAGAUCUCGACUAGAGUGAUGGAGGGGCUUGAAGAAGCAGUCAGUCGGUGACGAGUAAAGCCUCGUGCCUCUAUGAGCCGCGGUAAGAUGCUAGGAAGGGUUGAGUUGGCACGAGGAUGAGCAUCUAGCUGUAGGUGUGUGUGUGGUUCAGCCGUAAACACGGUUAGGCAUUUAACUGGAGAAGUAGUUGGUCACCAAAUGUGUAACAAAUAGUUAUUUCGUUCAGAUUCGCUUAGUAGAACUAAUAUUGGGUGUUGUAAUCCCAGCACAGUUGAUUCGCCCAAUAGGACACAUCCUACACUUUAUACGUGACGGGAGCAGCAGUCAAGAAUAGUUUUGGUCUGAGGCUUCACUGGGUUUGUCAGGUAGGCAUCCUCUGGGUUUUGGUGAUGUAUGACUAUAAAAUACAUACAUAUUUGUUUAAUUAUAAAUAAGGUCUUCAUCUUAUUACAAACCGAGAACGUUCCUCCACUCAUCAGUAACUAUCAUGUUCUGUUCUUAAUUUGCACUUUACCUUUCCAACCUUACUUCACUUAGUUUUUCUUGUAUGUCUUUUGUUAAUAAACUCUAUUUU